AUGUCUAAAAGAACACGUCAACAAAAAGAUAGUGAAGAAGAAGUUGUUGAAGAAACUUCUCCUUGUAAAAUUCCAAAAUUUUCUGAUGAAACAUAUGAAUUUUAUUUAAAACAAAAAAACUGGAUGCUUCAAAAAGAUAUUAGACAAAAAUCUUUUGAAUUAGCUUUUCCUAAUUCAGAUGAACGUUUAGAAUUUAUGAAAAAUUUACUUCGUUAUUAUGAAGUAAUUGAAAAAGAAUAUGAUGAUGUUGAUAAAAUUAUUCCUCUAGAUCGAAAUCAUGCAUUUUAUUUUAAGAUGCAAGAAUGGAAAUCAAAAGUAUUGUCUGGACCAUUAAAUGGUGCCAGUAAUGAUGUCACUAACUUAGAAAAAUUAAUUAAAAAGUUAGAAAGAGAAAAAAAAUUAUUUGUUUAA